GAUUGAUCAAGUUUACAGUUCAGUGUUCGUAAGAAGCUAAACGGUUUCAGGUUAUAAAAGGUCAUCCAAUCCUUAGACUUGCCAUCCUGAGACCUGCAAUAUAAGGUUGCAGUUGCAUCUUUGUGAUUGAGCCGUGAACAUGACGUCAAACAAAGACGUUAACAUCAUUAGGUGCGCCUUAAUAGUUGCGGUACUCAUGCUUAAACAUUGUUGUAAGUAUACGUAAAAAAUGUUGACGUCACAAAAACGAAUUUAUUAAUGUAUGUUUCUUAAACAUUAAACUUAGACAAAUACUUUCAUAGAAUAUUUUUUAACGACCUGUUUUAAGUUAAAAAAUCAUGAUACAGAAACAAUUUAAUAAAGUUUUUUUUUUUUUUUUGUUGGAAAGAUGUGACAAAAAGUUGCGACAUUUUCUAUUAUCUAUCAACACAAAUGUUAUAUCUAUGUUUUGCUAGAUUUGUUUUUAAAAAAAUAACCAACAUGCUCUUAAAACCCUUAUAUUAACUUGGCGGGCUGGGUGGCAGACUGGCAAAAUCUGCAGACGACUAAUAGGCCACCUUCCUAUCAUCAUAUCGAGACACUUUGCCGAUGACAACACAUUCCCUCCAAUUUUCAUCCCCAUUCCCAAGCCCAUGAAAAUGGGUUUUUCCUGUUUUUAUAGUUGAAGAUGAACGAAAUAUGAUUUCGCAAAUAAAAUUCCUUAUAAUAAUUGCUCUAAAGUACGUUUGGUGCGUGAUAUGACCGUCAAUUGACCAACUUCACAUCCAUCUAUCGAGCUGAAACGUGACACGCAAGCUCGUUCCCGAUGAUAUCACAUUCUAUCAAGUUUUGAGCCCUACCUGCAACACAACUCCAAAAGCCAGUUUUGACUUGUUUAUGGGAAAGAUGAAGGAAAUAUGAUGACGUUGAAUUCACGCAGUAAAAUUCCCGAAGACUGCGCUAAAUGAUAUUCUUUUGAAAAAAUAUGUUGCAAGUGCAUUUGGUGCGUUAUAUUUUAUUUUGUUUCUCUGAAAGUGUUGGUGAAAUAAACUUGCUGUGUCAAAGCAGGUGGGUCAUUAGAACAUCAAUAAAGUUAAGGGGUGUGAAAAAAAAUUGCAUGUGUGAGCUUUAUGGGGGCUGGGGUGGAUCACUAAUUUGAAUUGUUAUAAAGUGGGUUAAUUGUAUGUAUGUUUUGUCACAUUUUCAGCUUCCCUCCCAUUGUUUUAUUUUACAUUUUAUAAAUAAUUUAUACGAUUCUUAUAGCUGUUUAUUUAAUAAUUAUAAUAAGCAAAAAUUAUUUAUUUUUUUGCGCUCCUUUUUAAAAAAAAGUUUGUUUGAUGCUCAAUGAAGGCAUGGGAGUUUUAUUGUGGGUGCCUAUUGAAAAGUUCCUAACAUGAUGAUAUUGGUUUUGCUUAAGUUUCUAAUAAACUAAGCUAAUAUAAGAAUUUUAAUGUGAUAUUUUUCUUUAUAAUACUUUAAAACUAUUUGAUUUGUAACCGCCUCUAUGCUGCGAUAGAACAAUACAUUGGUACACACAACUUAACUUCUUUAAAGAAAGUGAACCCAUUGUGAAUAGAACGCAUCACUAGAUGUUCAGUCUACAAAGCAUACAUUUAGCACUAUGGAUUGUACUUAACAAGGUUGGAUUUUCGCUUGUACCCACUGAAUAUAAACGAAAGAAUAAAUAUAAAAUGAUACCUUUACAUUUGAGUUUUAUAUGUAUUGAUAUAACCUCUAAAACUUUGAAAAGGUGAGCUUCGCCUAUAAAUAUUUACGUAUUGUCUUAGAUAUGCAUAAUGCAUUUUAAUUAGGUUAAAAUUUCACUUAUAAAUGUAAUAAUUUGUUGACUAAUUAAAAAAUUCAACCAAACAUUUAAAAAAUAUUCUAAAACAAAAAGGUUUGGCAGUCGAGGAAUGUGUAACGAGUGAUUAUUGCACAUCGUCUACAUUUUCCGGCUACUGUGCUAUUCAUGGAAAAUGCAAAUGUGUCGUUGGAUUAUCAGCUAACUCCGAUGGAAAUGCUUGUGAACGUAAGUUAAAAAUAAUUGGAUAAUUUUUAAAGAUAUCUUUCUUGUAGAAAAUUUCUUUCGUAGAGCUGAUGUAAAUUAUAUCAAAAUGAGUUAACUAAGUUUAAUUUUGCAUGAUUCUCCUUAAACCAUUUUAUGAUGUUUCCUAGAAAACGCUCUUAAAAUAUUUCAAAUUUUUUUUUAAUGCUUAGUUUUUGCGCUUAUAUUAUCUUUGAAAUAAAAUGUUAUUUAUUUAUGAUUGUUUUUAAAAAUGUAAAAGACUUAAAAAGUUAAGCAGCCCUUUAGACAUAUUGAAACAUCAAUGCGUCGUUUUGGCACAACAGCUUAUAACCUUACCACACCAUGUCUGUCAGCUCAGACCUCACUGGUGCAUUUCUUUUCCAUGCUUGGAUUCCCAGCUACUGCAGAUCGCUCUCCACAUCAUUCAUCUAUCUAAGAUUAGAUAUGCCUUUGAGAAGUUUACAGUUGGGGUUUUGGUGAUGUACCCUCUUUACGCCUCUGUCAUUUGGCAUUCUUUUCAAGUGUCCAACCUAGUGUAGCCUGCACUUAUUUUUUAUUUCUUCUUCUAGUGUGUGAUCCUGAUCAAGUCUAUACAAUUCCUGAUUGGUUCGUAUUCUCUAUCCAUAUUCCUCUUCUGCUGGUCUGUAUUUUUUCCGGAGAAUUUUCCUCUCCCUUGUGUUCGAUAGGUUUUUGCCUUUUUUGUUAUUGUAAAAGUUUCAAUAGAGUAUGUUACAACUGGACUGAUUACAGUUUUAAAUAUAAUUUUCUAUGUUUUUCUUGCAAUUUUUUAAACUUUUGAUUAUUUUCUGAAUUCUUAAGUAAUCCCUACUUCCCAUGAAUAUUCUUUCUUUUAUUUCUGUUAGUUAUUCUAUUCAUUCCUGAAUUUUCAUAAAACUCCUAGAUAUUUUAAUGAUUUACUUUUUUAAAAGUGUGGUUUCUAAAUUGAUGGUUGUCUGUUCUUCUCUUAUGAAUUGCGGUGAUUGUUUCGGUUCUUAACUUCCAGCCCUGCUUGUAGUGAUGUGUCUUCUAAAUGAAUACGACUUUUAAUAUACUGUUGAUACUUUACUAAACAAUCAUAUGUAAUCAGCAUAUGCAAAAUACUGAUGGGGUUGAUUGUAGAGAUUAUAUUUUGGUAGUGAAUCUUGGGUCUCCUUCAGAAAGGAUCCUUCUAUUCUUACUCGAGUGUCAAUAUGUAUGCUUCUUAUAAAUCCCUCUAAAGUAAGGAUAAAUAGGAUACAAAACACCGAGUCUCCUUGUCGUAGGGCUCAUUUAAUCUAAAAUUUCAUUUAAUAUUCUCUUUGAACCUUCCUUUUCCUUUUUGGUUAAGUGUAUCAGUCUUGUCAGCUUGUUGAGUAUGCAACACUUCUGCAGUUUCAUAUAGAUAUUUUCCUUUGAUGUUGUCAUAUGUCAUUUUAUAGUUUACACAGUGUUGAUGUUCUGGGAUAAUAUUUUCGCAUCAUUUAUCCAAAGGUAAUAGGCAUCUGAUGAGGAAAAUCUCAUCAGUCGUUGAUAUAUUUUGUCUGCAUCUACAUUGGUAGUCUUCUAGUGUUUGUUUAUUGUACGGUUGUUGUUUUUUGGCAAUUAGUUUCGUCAGCACUUUGCAUAUUACAUUUAAUAAAUGCACGCAUCAAAAUUUUAUUGGAUACUCAAUCUUAUACAGUUUUGUCGAGAAAUAGCUGCAUUGUCAAUAUUCAAUCCAAUUAAGUACAGGUAAUUUUACUCUAUAAAAAAAAAAGUAAUAUUUUCAGUACUGAAGAAUGUAAAUUAAAUAAAUGUGAACAGUAUACGUUUUACAAAAACGAAACGGGACUUGUUAAAUACAAUAACAGUUAUAGAAUCUAGAUACAUGGCAAAGUUUACAGAUACCAAUCGACAUACAAGACGUUUUGCCAGGGCACUCUUCAGAACGCGUUUGUGGUUUUAUUUAUAUACACCAUUAGUAAUAACAUUUAAGAGGGUAGAUGAAAGGUAUGACAAUGAUAGUAAAACUAGCCAAGGAUAAUAACAAUCUUGCUAUUCUUUAAUAUUACAAUUGUUUAUUACAGUAUUGUUAAUUUUUAUUUGCGUUAACUCGCAAUAUAAUAUCUUUUGGCAUUUCUGAAAUAUGCGUGAGAAUAGAAAACGUUUUGACAACAAAAUACAAAUAGGGCGUCUCCGUUGGCACCAACGAUCGCUUACACAAUAUUGGUCAAGUUUACACCACCGUGGUCGUAGGAAACUAAACGGUUUCAGGUUAUAAAAUGUCAUUCAAUCCUUAGACUUGCCAUCCUGAGACCUGCAAUAUAAGGUUGUAGUUGUAUCUUUGUGAUCGAGCCGUGAGCAUGAUGUUAAACAAAAAUAUCAACAUGAUCAGAUCUGUUAAUUUUUUUAAAAAUGUGUGUUUAUAAAAGUUAGAAAUCUUUUAGAGAUAUUGUUAAAAUAAUGUGUUUAUUUUUUUUAAAGUUAAUUUAUUUUAGAAUUAUCUUAUUCAUAGUAUAAAAGAAUUAAUUGACGAGUAUGUCUAAUAGUUCCUUAUCAAUUAAUGCCGUUUAAAUAUAUCAAACCGUUCUUAAAGAGAUUCAAAAAACAUAUUUGGUUUAUUUACCAUUUUUUUCCUUGGGUUAUGACAUGUGAAACUCUUACACAAAUACACAAUAAGAAAGAGUUCUUCUAAGUAUAAAAUAAUAUUUCGCCAUCAGAUCUAAGUAAAAACAGGUUAUAUCAUUAAUAUAUGACUUUGCAAGCUUAGCAAAAGAAAUUAAAAAUAAUUUUAAGGGUGUAACUUGCUACACUGCUACUUUUGGCCUUGUCAUACUGUUAUCCAUUAUUCUACUGCUACACUGCAGAAUACUACUACUACUUCAAAAGUAUAUAACCUUCUAAAGAUCCCUUCACUAUAUUUAUAUUCAAUUCCGUAUACAGCCACAUUAACCCUUUAUUAACAGAGUACAUCCACAUACAACACAUUCUGGGAUAUAUUAAUACAUUACGAUUCUAAUUACUGUUUAUUUGUAUGGUACCAGCCUCAAUUUUGACUAGUUUUACGUUUCUAUAUUAAUUAGCCAAUUACUUAAUUGGUUAAAGUUAUAAUCAAAACACAUUUUCAUCAAACAUUGUGCAAAUGGGAAUUUUGAUGAGGAAAUUCAAAGUAUUCCCUUUUUCCUGAAAAUACCAUUCAUGUGAGUUAAAUGAGUUUAAAAAUUAUGACAGUGUCUCAAAAUUUAAAGAUAUCAAAAGCGCCUAUGAAAUUUGACUAUAUUUUUAUAAUGAAUUACUGUAAAAUAGUUUAAUAAUAUUUUCCGAAAAAAUUGUUAAAAUUAUUCUCAGUUUAUCAAUUAAAUAAAACAUUAAAGAUGUUGCAUAAGUUAACAUGUCAUUCCUCUUUUCAAACUUUAAAGAGAAAAAAAGUAAUAAGUGUCACUCCAAUUUUGAAAGUAGAUUGAUGGGCGUUGAAAAUAUAACCAGAUAACAUUGGGUAAUGUCUUUUAGCUUCAACUAGGCUUGCCAUAUCUACCUGGGACCUUGUCGAGACACUCUGAGACGCGGGUGUACAAUUGAAUAAAAAAUAUAUUUAAUAUAAUUACAUAUCAGGUCCAUAACAAUGAAGCCCCGAUAUCUCGGGACGGAUGGUAACCCUAGCUUCUACUUAACUACAGAAUCAAAUUAUUGUUCAGUUGUGAUGACUUUAAUUUAAAUAAAUUGACGAACUCCCAUUUUUGUUUAAGUAAAAGCCCCAACCAUAACGGGUGUAACAGAGAACCAAGAAUUGGUCAAGCAACAAAGUUACAGCCUGGUGUGCAAGCCAUUUUUGGAAGGACCUUCUUAUACAUUCAGAUGGUUCAAGUAGGUUUUUUGUUACAAAUUAACAUUCAAGAAUUUUAAUAAUAUAAAGAGUUUGAGUUCGGAACAAUUAAUAGAGGAAAUUUAAGAGUGAGACAUACUUUGAAUCAUUUGACAUCCACAUUUUAAUCAACAUUGAUCGGAUGUGUUCAUUUUGUCUAUGAAACUUAUUAAAAUAAAAAAAAAUAUUUUUUUUUAAAAUCUGAUUAAUAAGAUAAGCCAAUCAUAUUGCUUUUAAAUGACUUGAGAAAUCCUCUAAAAUUAUACCUACGAAACAAAGAGACAAAGUACAAAGAGAUCAAAUACAGGAGACGUAAUACAUUGCCAUGUUAUUUAUUUACAUUCUAACAUUACAAAUACAAACGUUUUGUUUGACCCAUGGCUAUUCAUAGAUAUUGUUAACAAUGCUUAAUUGAUCGUAACAUGAGAACGUUUUAAUCUUCGGGACUUAUAAGGUAAAUGUUAAAAGUACAUUCCAUUUGAAUGGUAAAGAAUAUAAAACUAUUUUUCCUUGACAUUAAUUUAAUAUUUAAUGUUAAAAAUCUUUCUGUCUAUAUAUAUAUAUCUAUAUCUAUAUAUAUAUUAUAUAUAUAUAUUUAUUUAUUUAUAUGUAUAUUUAUUUUUAAAUGUAUACUUUAAAACUUCAGAGACUCUGGUACUAUACCCAUUGCUACUAGCGAUACAUAUUCAAUAUCUAGUGCCAAGGACACAGAUGGUGGAACCUACAAAUGCUCAGUUACACUUAACGCACUUGCCCAUGCCUCUCCUGUCGGCAGCGUUGAAAUUCACCUCAAGAUUUCCGGUAAGUAG